GCGAUGCAUCAACAUGAAAGUGCAACCCAGCAUCAUGCAUUUUAUGUCGAUGGCGGCUAAUCAUGAUUGCACCUCGUUUCGGCACUCUUCACCAUUCACACAAACCAUCGUGAUCGGCAGCGAUGUGAUGUCUGGUGAGUUCGAGACGCCAAACGCCAUGAGGACGAUGGAUAGCGAUGGCGACAGAGAGGCGACGCACCCAAUGUAGAGAUGCUGCCAACAGCAGCUCACUUUGUUCUUACGCGUCCGUCUGUCCAAACGAUAGUGGAAGCAAACCUUGCGGCCACUCCCGCCAUCCUGUCUCACACGAAGUUCUGGAAUCCGGUUCGGCUCGACCGUAUUGCCGGGGCGUUGUGUUUGUUUGCUUCCUCAGCAGGGAGCACAUCUCGUCAGUCGUCGACGAGGCCGUAUACACUUCGACGUACUCCCACACCCGUACAGUCACUUCUCGCUCUAGCCUCUCUCGCGAGACGUCUGUUGCAGAAAUCCACCUUCUUGGAUAAACCACACUCCUAUUAUACUCCAGCUCGUGGCUGCUCUUCGGUUUUGCCACGGCCUUUGAGCACCACACAAUUGGUUGUUGCCGUUGUGCGGGGUUGGGGAUCCAGGUGCUGAACACUUUUGUGUCCCUCUGCCACGACCCCCUUCGACCUAUUGGGGCAUCACAUAUAUGGAUUCUUGGUGACGUUCAUCAACGGCUUUAUCGUACCCUGGUGCCUUCAAGCAAGCGCAUCAGCCAGCAAUUUUAUCUGUCCCUUCCAUCAACAUCGUCUACGACUGGCAGUUUCUAGUUGGUGUUCAAGCAUCAUGGGCUUCAGCGUUUUGGCCGCACUGGCCCUCGCCCCUUAUUUCUUCUCUGUUCAGGCCCAGUCGGUCUGGGAGGAGGGUCAAGUCAGCACCACGCUAUGCUACUGGGAACAGCCAAGAGCUGCCAUCAUCCGAGACACUAUCUACAUGGAUGGUGGGAGGACAUGGUGGAUUCCAGGUAUGGCUGAUGGGACUCCCGGGGCUUUGAUCUCCGAUGACAAUCCGUAUGGUCGUAUCUUCGCCCUUAAUCUCAGCAAGUCAUUCGAAACCAAAGACAAUGUUACCGCAAAGUUCGAUAUUAUUCCUAAAGCUCCGUCCGGAAGUGUAGUCAACAACAACGACCCAAACUACAUUGAUGGGGCUUUGUUGGCAAACGACGCUGAAUGGUUUGCCUAUGGGGGCCUCCUCCGGAAAACCGCCGCCUUCAACACGGAGCCCGCGAAAGACCUAGUUUCUGGCUACAGGAAGUAUCAGUACGGCACAGAAAAGCCAGGAUUUGCCCCAGGCCUUUUCAAAAGCAGUCUGGAGACUGAUAGCACGAACGUCACUCGCUACAUUGCUUUUGGAGGUGCGGCAAGCGCGCCAUCUGAGAAUCUGGCGUGGUACUUUUCGGGAGUCCAAACAGAAUCGAAAGGCCCAAUUUACACCGCAUCAGCCAACCGCUCAACAUCGCCUACUCGGAUAGUCGAUUCUUUGAUUACAUUGGACAUGAAGGAGCAACAGAACGAAAAGUGGAAAAACAGCACGCUCCCCCCCGGAAUCUCUGGCCGAGCGAACCCUGAGUUGGUCUGGGUUCCCGUUGGUGCCAAGGGCAUUCUCGUCGUUCUCGGAGGCGUCGUUUUCCCUGAUUUCAUAAGUAUAGUUUCUGGGACCUCAGAAAACGAGACCGAAAGCAAGGCAAUAAGUCCCACAUUCAUGACUACAAUCGAUGUAUACGAUGUCGCGAACGACCGAUGGUACAGCCAGCCGACGACAGGCGACAAUCCUGGACAACUGACUCGCGGCUGUGCCGUGGUAGCACCUGCUGAAGAUCAAUCAAGCUUCAACAUCUAUUAUUACGGCGGCUACAAGGGACUCAAGGAGACCGACGACUUUAAUGACGAUGUCUGGGUGCUUUCCGUGCCAUCUUUUACCUGGACGAAGAUCACGUCAAGUACGUCCAACGGUAGGGCUGGACACAAGUGUUUCAUGCCUUAUCCUGACCAGAUGUUUGUUAUGGGGGGGUAUACAAGUGCGCCCGAAGAUGGGCCUCCAGAUUGUGUCAUUGAGCUUGUUCGAGUGUUCAACUUGACAUCCGGAACAUGGCUUUCUGGAUACGACCCUGCUAAGCACUGGUCCUAUGGUGUUCCUGAGGCCAUCCAAAAGAAGAUCGGUGGUUCUGCUACAGGCGGUGCAACCGCACGCGCGCCGAGUAAUGGCUGGGCUGCAGCAGAUCUGGGAAAAGUCUUUGACACCAAGUAUCCGACCAAGAUCGCGACAUGGUACCCGUAUGUGUCUGAAGCGCCAGUAAACAACACGAAUCCCGGGAGUAGUGAUCCACAUAAGAAAAGAUCAGGGGGUGUACCAUCCUGGCUCCCUCCCGUGCUUGGUGUGGUGCUAGGGCUGAUGCUCUUGACUAUAAUCGCUGUCCUGGUUCUCCUCUGGAGGCGCCGCAGGUUAUUGAGGGCUGGCACCAGUGUACCCGAAACUGAAGACACUAAUGGCUACCGAAUCAUGUCCUGGAUGCGCGGUCAGCAGCAACACGUCACUGAAAAAGCCCCUACCGUCACGACCUCGGAUGAACUCAGCACGAUCCCUCACAGCCCCAGUCCUAUGCAGGAUAUGGAAAGCACAGGAUCACCUAUGCCGCCGCCCCCAAUUGCUGAGGCUAUGGACACACAAAUCACGCCGCCGCCAGCUCCAGCGGAGUUGAUGGAUACCUCGCCUCGCGCCGAACUUCACGACACUAGCUUGAGUCACAUUGAUGUCUUGAAUCGCCAUUCGAGCGUCGGUCGAAUCAACACAGUCGGACAUGGCUCUCUCAACAACCCCUCAUACUACACGGGAGGGACACACCAGAUGGACCACGCGAGCAACCACACCCGCUCAUCCACUGGCGUUGCCUCCUCUCUGCCACCGCAUAUGCAAGGCAUCGAUGGUGCCCCAACCAACUUCCGUCCCGACUCGGAGCUGAUGGGCAGUGUUCCAUCCGAGGCUGCGUCCGCUAACAGAGACACGCCUUCACCCACGGUUUCACCAACCACCACAACAGCGACCCGUGGCUUUGCCCUCUCGGACGUCUCCAAUGUCAGCGAGCGCGAUAAGACACAUCUCCGACAGAUCAGCGACGCAACCGUGAGCUCCAUGACCUCGGGACAAACGUCUCUCAACAACGGACAGCACCCAUCCAACGUCAAGAGUGGCCACCGCUUCAGCAACGGCCCAGCCCCCAGCUCUGUCCCGGAGGAACAUGCCAUCGAUCAGCAGGGUGGGCAACAGGCGCCCGACCACCUCCCUACCCCCCAGUCCGCAACGUCCGCUAUGGGCGGUACGCUAUCAGUGGGAUCGCCGCAGCCGAUAUCGCCGCCUACGGCAGGGUUAACGGAGGGAAGCGAGGAUUACAUGAGCGUUAGGCCACAGCCACCGCCAACGGCAGGUAUUGGCCCGGGAGUCGCUGGAGGUGCUGGGGCGACAAGUAGUCCGAGACGGAGCAUGUUUACGGAGAGCAAGGAGGAUAUGAACGGGACUGGCCCGGGAGGUGCUGGCAGGUAAUCAGGGGGAAGUGAUAGGAGGCGGAAUGGGGUGGAAGAUUUUAUUGUGCAUGGGUAUUUGGCGAGCUAGAAGGGAUAUGAAUGAUUGGACAGGCCAUGAAUUUUAUGCUGGGUGUCACCAUUUUCCCUUUGUCUGGUAUUUGGUGGGUCCCACUCAUUGGCUUCACGGUCUAGUCAUGUUCAAUAUCAAUAUCAAUGAUGGGAUUCGGGCCUUGGGAUUGAGCUGGUAGAUAGAUACCGUUUGGCAAAGUGAACCUUGCUAUGUUGUGUUUUUGCAGGAUUGAUGUCCCACAAACUCCAGUA